AUGUCUGCAUCACAACCAACCCCCUCGCUGCCCACCACCGCCGCGCCGCCGCCAAUCCCCUCCACGGCGCCGCUGGCCCUGUCCACUGCGCCGCUGGGCUCCACCGGCGUCUCUACCGGCCAGUCGCCGCCCCCCUCCACGGGUCCACCGCCACCACCCUCCACCGUGCCGCUGGUCUACUCCCCGGCGGAGAUGACCGACGUCCUCAACGAUCUCGUCACCGCCGUCCAGGGGAUACGGCUAUACCUAGCCGGCUCCUACGGGCCGCCGCCACGACCGGGCCAGCCGUGGUCGGCGCCGGCCCUCGCCGCGUCACCCACGCCACCCGGGUCCUCGCCGCCACCGUCCUGGCAUCCGCCGCACCCCGGGGCCACCGCAACGCUGGUCGGGCCGCUGCAGCUACAGCCAGCCCCCGCCACCGCCCCGAUCUGGCCACAAUGGCCGACCGAGGCCAUCGCCGCGCCCGCCGCCUCCGUCGUUUCUAGGCAGCAGCUGCUGCCGCUGCCUCUGCCGCCCAGCACCGGGCUGACUACAACCGCGCCGGCGGGCAUGCCAAUUCAGCAAGUGCGGUUCCCGCCCUCGCCGUCCCAGCUUCCGGCCUGGUUGGCCGGGACGUCAGCGCCGCCAGUCUACACCAUGGCCGCGGACCAGCCGGCGCCCUCCCUGCCGUACGACGGGCCCUCCAGCUCCACGGGUUUCCACGCUGGCUUCGACGGGCCACCGCUUUCCUGA